GGGGCGGAGUGACAGAUUUCUCCCGACCACGUUCCUGGGAGCGCGGGCUGGGUUGUGUAGGGUGUCCGGGAGUCAGCCGCUGUGUGUCAGGGUCAGUAGCCGGAGGCCAGGAGAUCUUCGUCAGUGGCUGUCCAUGCAAAAGUGUUUUGGAAUUCUGGAUCUCGGCUCUGAGCCUUAGCGGAGGUCACGGCUGUCAAUUCACCGGUGUCCCGGCGUGCCAGACGGAGGACAGAGUGGCGGUGGAGGAGCGUUGCAGGAGAGGUGUGCCGGAAAUAAUUUGCUCCCCCUAACCCCUUGGGCAUUAAGUUAGGCUUAGUCACAUCUUAUUGGGUUGAAUUUGAAAAAGGCCCCGUGGAAGAAGUAGCCUAUAAGAUCUCAAUUAAAAAGAAUGCCUGGAAUAAAGAAGAUACCACAGAACUAAGUGAGCCGGAGGUAGAUAGUGAUUUGCAUAUCUGUCGAGGUGCUAGUAAAGUUCUGCUGUUCUCCAUCUCUAGGUUUUGACAGUGCCUCAGAACCCGUGAGCAUCUGUGUUUUUUCCUUUCAAGAUGCCAUUUACAGACUUUGUUCUGGCCCUCAAAGACAAUCCCUACUUUGGGGCUGGAUUUGGGCUGGUAGGUGUGGGUACAGCUCUGGCUAUGGCCCGGAAAGGAGCCCAGUUGGGUCUAGUGGCAUUCCGUCGCCAUUACAUGAUCACACUGGAAGUCCCUGCUAGAGACAGAAGCUAUGCCUGGUUGCUUAGCUGGCUGACCCGGCACAGCACCCGCACUCAGCACCUCAGUGUUGAGACCUCAUACCUUCAGCAUGAAAGUGGCCGAAUCUCCACCAAGUUUGAAUUCAUCCCCAGCCCUGGAAACCACUUCAUUUGGUAUCAGGGAAAAUGGAUCCGGGUAGAGCGAAAUCGAGAAAUGCAGAUGGUGGACUUGCAAACGGGGACUCCUUGGGAAUCUGUCACCUUCACGGCCCUGGGCACUGAUCGAAAGGUUUUCUUCAACAUCCUGGAGGAAGCGAGAGCCCUGGCUCUGCAGCAGGAGGAAGGGAAGACUGUGAUGUACACAGCUGUGGGUUCUGAAUGGCGAACCUUCGGUUAUCCACGCCGGAGGCGGCCACUGGAUUCUGUAGUCCUACAGCAGGGUCUGGCUGACCGAAUUGUUAAAGAUAUCCGAGAAUUUAUUGAUAAUCCCAAGUGGUACAUUGACAGAGGCAUCCCCUACAGACGUGGCUACCUUCUUUAUGGGCCCCCUGGUUGUGGAAAGAGCAGUUUUAUAACAGCUCUGGCUGGAGAACUGGAACACAGCAUCUGCCUGCUAAGUCUCACAGACUCUAGCCUCUCGGACGACCGGCUCAACCAUCUACUAAGCGUAGCACCCCAGCAGAGCCUGGUGCUCCUGGAAGAUGUAGAUGCUGCUUUUCUCAGUAGAGACUUGGCCGUGGAGAACCCUGUAAAGUACCAAGGAUUAGGUCGCCUCACCUUCAGCGGACUGCUUAAUGCUUUGGAUGGUGUAGCCUCUACCGAGGCUCGAAUUGUGUUCAUGACCACUAACCACAUUGACAGGCUGGAUCCUGCCCUGAUACGUCCUGGGCGAGUAGAUCUGAAGGAGUAUGUGGGCUACUGCUCACACUGGCAGCUGACCCAGAUGUUCCAGAGGUUCUAUCCAGGACAAGCGCCUUCUUUGGCUGAGAAUUUUGCUGAACAUGUCCUUAAAGCUACAUCCCAGAUUAGUCCUGCCCAGGUGCAAGGCUACUUCAUGCUGUAUAAAAAUGACCCCAUGGGGGCCAUUCACAAUGUCGAAUCUCUGAGGUGACCCACCAGGCCUGUCACACGAAUCUGGUUGGUGACCUUCUUCUUCCCAUUGCUGUGUUUGUAAUUGAGAAUAAAACAGGAGUUGCCAUA